AUGUCGACGACGAUAACAGAAACAGCGACAAUCAAUAACCCUAAGCCAGAUCAGCCAGAUAAUGCACCAGAACACUGUCCCGGCACAGAAUCCACCGACGCAGGCAAGGCGUCUGCAUGUGAAGGAUGUCCGAACCAGACGACGUGCCAAACGGCACCCAAAGGACCAGAUCCAGAUCUACCCAUAAUAAGAUCACGUAUGGCAGCCAUUCAACACAAGAUUAUGAUACUUAGUGGUAAAGGUGGCGUCGGUAAAUCUACAUUCACUUCGCAGCUCAGCUGGGCAAUGUCGGCAGACGAUACCAAAGAAGUCGGUAUUAUGGAUGUUGAUAUUUGUGGACCAUCAAUCCCCACUGUUAUGGGACUCGUGGGCGAGACUGUCCACCACAGCGCUAGUGGUUGGUCGCCUGUCUACGUACAGGAAAACUUGGGUGUCAUGUCCAUUGGAUUUCUCCUUCCUGAUGAGAAAAAUGCCGUCAUUUGGAGGGGUCCCAAGAAGAAUGGACUAAUUAAACAGUUCCUCAAGGAUGUCGACUGGGGCGAGAAUAUGGACUAUUUGCUCGUGGACACCCCACCAGGCACCUCAGAUGAACACCUCAGCUGUGUCAACUACCUCAAGGAAUCUGGAAUUGAUGGUGCUGUUCUCAUCACUACGCCGCAGGAAGUAGCCUUGCAGGAUGUGAGAAAGGAAAUCGAUUUCUGUCGUAAGACUGGAAUACCGAUUCUAGGUCUCGUCGAGAAUAUGAGCGGCUUUGUAUGUCCUAAUUGUAAAGGCGAGAGCGAGAUUUUCGCCGCAAGUACUGGUGGAGCUCAAGCUUUGGCUGAUGAGCAGGGCUUGGAAUUACUCGGCAAAGUGCCUCUCGAUCCACGCAUAGGACAGAGUUCAGAUUAUGGGCUCAACUUCCUCGAGGAGUAUCCCGAUUCUCCUGCUACAACAGCCUACCUGGAUAUAAUAGACAAGAUCACUCAGAAAGUUGAAUAG